GAUUUGCAGAAAGUUAAAUCUGGUCUUAUACUCUGUGUUUUAUUUACAAUGCACUGGAACGGAAUACACUGGAAAGAAUGUGUGUUGGAAGAAAACAGCCAUGAAAGAUAAACCAACGCCUUAUUGUUGUUUUAAUCAUUAUCAUGACAAGAGUGAAUGCAAAGAAUGUAAACCAGGAAGCAAAUCAACAGAUGGAAAGAGAUGUAUUCCUUGUCCCCCUAACACAUACGGAGACAUUUGCAAACACAAUUGUAACUGCGAAUUGAAUCAAAAAUGUGACAGACAAAUUGGUUGCAUAAAUACUUAUCCAGCAUUGAGGAAUGAAACUAUCAUACCAGUCAAAUUGCCCGUUACACAUGAAUCUACAAGUAUAAAAGAUAUAGUAUCAUCUGUGAAGCCCAUAGUAAUAAAUAGAAACAGUGCCGUUUUGGAACAUAAAUUAACAACAUAUGGAAUAGAAAAGAUUAAGCACGUGACAAAAACAAGUAAUAUAAGAACAACAGAAACAAAACAACACACAGAGGAUAUUCUGCCACCAGACACCAAUUUCAUAUACUAUGUGGUAGUAGCUGGAGGUUUGGUGGGUUGGUUUGUUUUUUGUGCUGCUGGGGUUAAAAUUGGUUAUAGGCGUUUAAAGCGAAAACACAAUCUGCGUAAUCAACAGUCCGAAAAUGCAACAGUAUCAGCUUUAAUUAGUCCGUUUGCCACAGAGAGCAUAUAUGAUGAAAUAGAAGAAAUGUCCACUCCAAAUCUUAUAUGCAGUCGUCGUCAUUCCUACUUGAGUAUACAAGAAGACGAAAAAGAAGAUUUAAUCGAAUCGGAAGAUAAAGACAUUGUUCUUGCUUGUGAAGUUCAAAUAAAUUCUCAAAAAAGGAGAUCAUCAGGAGGGAGUGAGAAAUCAAGUUUAUCUUGUGGAAACUGUCAACAAAAUGAUGAAGGCGAUUACCUUCAUCCGUAUACGUCGAUACAGAUUCAAGAGCAACAGACAUACACCACAUGUAAUUAACAUAAAAACAUGAUUAUCACAUUUCCCGAUACAUUGUAAUAUAAAAAUAAUAAACUUUCUGUUUUGUCUAAAACAGUGACACCAACAAAUAAACUUACCUGUAUGGCGGCACAUGUAGUUGCUUGAUCAUCAGUCUACAAGUGCCUGUCAACAUUAAAUGUGCAGUUUUCAUGAUCAAAUCGCCAUCUACUAUAUUAUUUUGAUAUAACAUACCGACACUUUUCCUUUCCAUACCUUUGCCUUUUUGAAAAGGAGGAAUUAAUGAUAAUAUCAAUGAACGCACUUACAGGGUAUGUACUCCAUGAAAAAAGUUGUCAGCCAUGUCCCGUAACGUGAAGGUUUUUUAUGGACACUAUAUUCAUGCCCUGCCAUUUUAAUCCAAUACAUUAAGUCCUCUGUUAUUUUAGAAGCCCUGACAUUUUGCAAAUUUAUUGUCGGCUAGUUGUCGUGCAAAAAGGGAACGUCAAAAGUUUAAUUGAAAACAACUAACACAUCGGUCUUUAAGAUCAUGAUCUUUUUAUUACUAGUAUCAGCAAAAGAACUCUGCUUUUAUUUCAUAUUGCCCAGAGAGCUUUUUGUUGCUCAUUACCUAUCUGUUUGUUACAAUUAAUAACGGCUUUUAGCGAAACGUUAGAAUGAUAAGACGCCAUAUAUGAUUUAUUUCUUAUGAAACAAGAAUCUUGCAUUCUAAUUGGUUAAUUACCGGGUGUAAGCUAAACUAUUUACACUGGAUAUAAAAUUUGGUUUAAAAUUUAUAUGAAAAAAAUUGCAUUAAUUUCAAAAAAUGCAAAAAUUACAACAAAAAAUUUGGAAAAAAUUCUCAAAAAAAAAUAAAAUUGGGACCAAUAUUAAAAAAAUAUAUAUAACUUAGCCAAAUUUUUGGCCAAAAUUAAAAAAAAAUAGUCAUAUUUGACAACGCGCAGCAACAUCGGUGUUGAAAAAAAAUGUAGUGGAAUUUCUUCAUAAGAAUUUUUCAAUUUUACACCCCGGUAUAAAAAUGAAUAAAGAAACGCUUCAUAAGCCUAAGUUCGUUUUCUUUGUUUAAUCAUUUUAUCAGUUUAGUUAUCUAACCGUUCGUUAUUUCUUAUGAUUAUUUGUAAAGAAGCAUAUCUUAUGUAAAUAUUGAUACUAUCAGCAAAUUUUGAUAUUUAUAUAAUCAUGCAAUCAGGCAGAUGGUCAUAAUUGCUUUUUGAAACGCAUACCUUCUUUUGUUAAGAAUUCGAGUUUCAGGUUUUUUUAUAAAGAGUUGGCGCCUAUAAACGUAUUUACACUUUUGGUAUUUAGCUAUAUUUUGCCUCCGAAUGACCUUAGAUCUACUCCGAAUCACCUUUUGACGUCAGGCAACAAUCACUUUAUAAUUGUGACGUCAAAUGCUUUGAAUUGUGAUGUCAAAGUUUACGGGAACCUGUGUGAUUUUACGUAAUGGCGGACAAAUUUGCAUACAAGUGUAAAUACGUCUAUUUAUGUAAUGAUAAUAGUGCAGUUUUUUGUGUAUGCCUGUUUCGGGGAAAAGUACAUUUCCGUCGACAAUUAUAUUUAUUUGAAUCAUCGGGUCGAAGAGCGAACCAUUGCCAUAUCUGAUUGUGGUCUAAGAAACUGCUCUGGAUCUACCCAAUUGGUAAUUGGAUCUGUUCAGUUAUUGUCCUUACAGUUCAUCGUUAUUAGAUUUUUCAUGUUCCGUCUAUUAACUUGAAAACUUAAAUAGACAAAAUGUAGACAUAAAAAAUAAUUAGAAUACAAGAUCAUACAAUACCACAAAAAUAUUUAUAUGAAGGAAACAAUCGGGUUAUUUUAGCGUGUUUGCCUAUUAACUUGAAAACUCGAAUAGAUUCAAGCAUUUCAAGCUACUUUAAGCCUGUGGUUUAUCUUUUUGCUGUGCUUACAAAUCAAGAAAAGAUACGUAUCAUGGCUAGUGAAUGAUAUUUUGAUAUGUCUGUAUGAAGAAAUCGUGCUUAUCUUUACGUUUUUGAUGUCACAAAAAGGGGGUCAUGAAUCUGAUAUAGCAAAAUUUUACUAAUAUUGAAUUAAAUGUGAUUUGGUAAUAAGAACUGAUAUUUCGAUAUGCUUCGACAAAUAAGCGAGUCACGAAAUAUCUGAUUUUUAAAAGACUGACCAGAACAUGCGCUUUGUCAAAUGUUAUGGCUUUGACGGAACUGGUUAUGCUAUUUUCCUCGUUAAAGAAAUGAAGCAAUUAGAACUUGGUCUUUUUUAGACUUGAUGGGAAAACACAUAGGAUUCAAUGUCUACCUGUAUUUAUAUUUGUAACAAUGACUAGAUUCCUGAUCGAUUUUAAAAUAACAAAACGGUACCUGACAAGUGAGCAUUAAAAUACACAAAAAACCUUUAGAAUUUCUAAUCAUACAAAAAUUUUGAGACUUUUUUUUUGUCUAUUCCUUAUUUUUUUAGCCAUUUAUUCUGCACUUUUUGUCCAUUAUUCUCUAAUCUGUAAACACCCUAUAUCAUAUUCGGGAAGUAACCGCGUUUUUUGAGAAUUUAAGUAAAUGUGUCAUUUUAUAUAGAUAUAUGGUGUCUUCUAGCUAUUCCUACAUUUAUAUUUUCAGUUUCUGUCUAUUCCUACAUGGAAAGAACAAUAGAUGAUUCUGGGAACUCCAACAUGAAUUUCUAAUAUUUUACCUAUAAAAUUAAAACUGCAGGAAUAGUCAGAAUAAACCAGAUACAUGUAUAGUACACAUGCUUUGCAAUUUUAUUUAGAAAGAUCUGUAAAUCAUAUAAACAAACCAUACAUUUGUAAAUAUCGUAUAUCAGCUCAUAAUUUAGGCAUAGAAACAGGCAGACUCUAUAUGUGAUCCGUGUAAACUCAUCGAACGUUAAACAAACUUAUUAGUAAAUGUUAUCUUAUUAAUGUUGUAAUAAGAUCUUUUAAUAUUGUUUACAUUGGCAGUAACAUCGAUUUUGUCAUCAACAAAUUAGAACAUAAUUAAAUUUGUAUUCUU